AUGGCCACUACUAUCACCUUUAAGGGUACAGACCCCAAUAGCAGGAACAGUUUUCAAGUUUUGCAGCCUCCAAAUGGUGAGUCCAAUUUUUUAUUAGGCUUUGAUGAACCAAGAGAACAGGCUGUGGGGAAGAAUAAAUGGCCUCUAACAUCUCUGAGACAUUUGAAGAAAGUCCCCCCAUCUUGGGCCAUGUCAGCAGGUACCAGGCCUACUAGAGAAGGGGAAGGUUUGGAGUUGCCUGGAACUCAGAGAACUAACUCCUCUGAAGCAAGCUCUGGAGACAUCUCAGACCUCAUGGUAGUCGGUGAAAUGCAUGAAAAUGUGGACACAGACUUCCAAGGUAACCUGGAGCAGAUGGAAGAGAAGCUUGUGCCCACUGCUUCUUUGCCCAGCCUAGUGGUCCUGGCUCCAGUGCCAUCCAGGAGAAACCCUUCUGGUGGCAUGUCCAGUCUGGCCUUGAGUUAG